GGUGUGCUGUCAUGCGGAGAGCGCUGUGUCGUCAGCCUGUGUGCGCUCCAAAAUGGCCAGGCGGAGGAAUCGCAUCCCGCUGGCGCACACACGCACGGUUCCUCCGUUGACACAACGUUACUGCGACGCCACCAAAGAGUAGCUGGAACUGGUGCGAGCUGCCCUGUCUGUCUGUGUGGCUGCAUGUCCAGUCGUCGUCGUCGUCGUCGCUUGUCCUCAGCUGUCCCCUAUGAAACUCUGAACAAACGAUUCAGAGCAGCUCAGAAGAACAUCGACCGCGAGACCAGUCACGUGACGAUGGUAGUUGCAGAGUUGGAGAAAACAUUGAGCAGCUUCCCUGUGGUUGACUCCGUGGUGUCACUUCUAGAUGGCGUUGUGGAAAAACUCAACGCCCUGAAGAGGAAGGCUGCCGAGUCUAUCCAAGCAGAAGAUGAGAGUGCCAAACUUUGUAAGCGUCGUAUUGAGCACUUGAAGGAGCACAGUAGUGAUCAGCCGGCUUCCGUCAACUUAUGGAAGAAGAAGCGCAUGGACCGUAUGAUGGUGGAGCAUUUGCUGCGCUGCGGGUACUACAACACAGCCGUUAAGCUGGCCAGACAGAGUGGGAUAGAGGAUCUGGUCAACAUAGAGAUGUUCCUCACAGCUAAAGAGGUGGAGGAGUCUCUGGAGAGGCAGGAGACAGCCACUUGCUUGGCUUGGUGCCACGACAAUAAGUCUCGCCUCCGCAAGAUGAAGAGUUGCCUUGAGUUUAGUCUGCGAAUCCAAGAGUUCAUUGAGCUCAUCAGACAAAACAAACGCAUGGACGCAGUCAGACACGCACGAAAGCACUUCAGCCAAGCAGAGGGCGGACAGUUGGAUGAAGUUCGGCAGGUGAUGGGUAUGCUGGCCUUCCCAUCAGAUACACACAUCUCCCCUUACAAGGAUCUUUUGGACCCAGCGCGCUGGAAAAUGCUCAUCCAGCAAUUCCGAUAUGACAACUACAGGCUGCACCAACUGGGAAACAACUCUGUCUUCACAAUCACCCUGCAAGCUGGUCUGUCUGCCAUCAAGACACCUCAGUGCUACAAGGAGGAUGGUACUUCUAAGAACCCAGACUGUCCAGUGUGCAGUAAGUCUCUAAACAAGUUGGCCCAGCCGCUACCCAUGGCCCACUGCGCCAACUCCAGACUAGUCUGUAAGAUCUCUGGUGAGGUCAUGAAUGAAAACAAUCCUCCAAUGAUGCUGCCCAAUGGAUACGUCUAUGGUUACAAUUCUCUUCUGUCUAUUCGCCAAGAUGACAAAGUGGUGUGUCCCAGAACCAAAGAAGUCUUCAACUUCUCUCAGGCUGAGAAGGUCUACAUUAUGUGAUCGCUCAUGUGGCCUCUUCAGAUUAGCGACAGUGCUCUUCUACACCCCACACAUACAAACAAACCUAACACAUUCUACAAUCUGGCCCCUCCCUGCACACGACUGGUUGAAGUUCACAACUUCCACAGUUCUUCUGGGCUAAUCCGAGCCCCCGUUUCCAGACAUUUUAUUACACAGGACCUGGGGCCUUUUCUGUGGGUGUGGCUUGAACAAGUUGAUGUGAUCCAUUUAAGCACAUGAACUAUCAACAUGGUCAUUAUUUUACAAAUGUUUGCACAGAAGAUUAGAGGAAAAAAACAUAGUUAGGUAGGUGUUUGGUUUUACUAUAACAAAUAAACAUGUUGAGGUUAUGUUGACCUUUUCUUUUGACUAGUGGUUAUUUGUUUUGUUAUUUGGGUAAUGCGGAAGAACUGCAUUAACUCAGUUUUGUCUAGUUAACCAAUUUGCCAGACGCCAUCUAAACCCCCCCACCCCAAACUAAACAUGGCUGUCAAGUCACAUGAUAGACCAUGGUCUUUGUAGGUUAUUGGACGCGUCGGGUCGUCUUUGAACUACCUACCACUUUGCAUGUUGUACCCCCUUUGACUGUGAAACUGGAGCCCAGUUUGACCUGAAACAGGCACCUUGUUAAAUGUAUAUACUAGAUAGGAAUUUAUCUCUUUUUCUUGUACAAGUUUGGGGGUUUUGGUGAUAUUGUAAGACAAAGACUUAGCGGCGCAGAUAUGUGGAAGAACAUGCUCACCUCUGGCAGGAAGCAUAAAAAUUGGUAGAUUAGGGCUUCGAGGUGUUCUGAAUUUGAACAGAUUUAAAGAUACUUUAUUGGAUUGAUGUGACUCCAAAAUUUCUUUUGUGGGGAGAGGAGUGUUUUCUAACAGAAAAAAUAUUUAAUUGGUGCCAAAAUUAAUUUUUUUCCCCACCCAAUUCAUCUUAAAUGGAAUGAUGUUCCCAUAUGUUACUGGUAGAUAAAAAAUCCAGAUGCAUCUUGUUUUAAAAUACACUUCUUUAAUUGCUUAAUCGAUUCAAAGUAAGCCACAGAGUCCCUGAUCACAUACAUCUACUCUACAGUGUCAGGCUCUUGAUAAGUUUUAUGAUUGCUUGAAUAUCCAAUGACUGCUCAAAAAUGGGCAACACAGCCCAAGAGUGGGCACUGAUGAGGUAUGGUGAGGUUAUUACUGCUAUUUGGGUUAAUGAGUUGGUGAAAUGCAACAGAAAUAAACUGGACUGUUUCAUAACACCAGACAAAAUAAAAGUCUGCAGUGGGGGGUUGGGAUACCUUAAAACAGUUGUACACGUUUUUAUUCUUCCUGUUGGAGGUGAGCAGCUUUCUGAUAUUUGGACACUUGUCAUCCAAACUAAUUAACUUCUUGACAAGAAUGCUGUGUGAACUGAGCAAGUUCAUUUUGCUGGAUGUGUUAGUUACAGCAUAGGUUGAAGUUGUCUGAAGGUAACUCACUGGUGUAAUGUUCUGUUCUCUGAGAAAGCCAUUGUUUUUGCUUAUUAACUUGGUAAUACUAUUAGUUAUGUGUACUUGCUGAUAUAUUGGCAUUUGCACAAUGUUCAAGUAAGACUUUUAUUUUUUUUAAAUAAUCAAGUCUUCCUUUGUGUGAGUUCUGACAUUCUUCAUUUUCUACAACUGACCAAAUCCCCCCCCCUUUUUUAGCUAAAAGAAUGAAUUUGAACUUUAUCUCUAUAUAUCUGUUUAUUAAUUGACUAAUUUUUACC